AUGGCCAAUAUUCUUCUUCAAGGCGAGAAAUCAACUCAAUACAAGCCCAUAGACAAGAACUGGGUGACCUUGUUUGUUAAGCGGCGCCCUGAGAUCGAAGCUCGCUUUAAGACCCGAAUGCAGUACGGCAUUCUUGAUGAAGAUAUCUUUAAUUUUGAUGAAACCGGCUUCGCAAUGGGCGUAAUCGCUACUACCAAGGUGGUCACGAGGUCAAAUAUGCCUGGAAAACCUCAUCUUAUUCAGCCAGGCAACCGCGAAUGGACGACGAUUGAAUGCAUCAAUUCAAGCGGUUGGUCAAUCCCUACCUGCGUCAUCUUCAAAGGAAAGCUCCAUAUAGAGGAUUCGUAUGAAGAAUGCAGUAUUCCAGGCGAUUGGAAGAUUAAAGUUAGUGCCAACGGCUGGACUACCGAUGAAAUAAGCCUUGAAUGA